AUGCUUGUUUUGCCAGACAGCGGAUAUAAUUCUCCCUGUGACGGUAUCUUUCCAACUUCAUCUGCACUUUCACCAUCCAAACUACUGCCAGCCAUCAGCUCGAAGAUAUGCCGAAAGGUGGAUUUUGCGACAGGCCUGUAUUCGAAUACGGAGUAUGAUACCACUCACAUUGCCUGCAAAUUUCGUUCAAGAGAAAUUGCUAGUCGACUAUUGCUUUUGUGUGACUUAUUCGAUAGCGAGUUCGCUUACUUUCAAGAGCAAGGAGUUUCAUGGACAGCUUCCAUAAUGCGACUUUUUGGAUGCUAA